CCUGAAAAGCGUUUCGACAUGGUGAGUGCAGUAUACUCCCCAUUUAGAAUGAACUAACAUCUCGAAUCAUCCAUCAGCGAGAAUAGGAGGUAGGAUCUAGUGUUGAAAAGCCAUCCUCGUCGCAAUUUGGAGUAGCCUACCCUUUCCCUCACCGAUGUAGGUUCGAGAAGCUGAGUCGGUAGUGUGCAUGGAUCGGGUGCCUAUCUGUGGUUCAAGAGGCGUGUUGACGUUAUACCAGUCCAGCCUCCUAAGCUUGCGACCGUCGUGCCUCCAUCGUUGCAUUCCCUUCCUUAAAUUUUGCUCCUGACAACUUAGCACAAUGUGUGAUUAUACUCAAGUUCACUACAAAUGCUCCCACCUCCGCUACACCGUACGCGCUUGGUGCACGAAGUAUCAAGAGACGCACAAACGCUGUCCAGCCAAUGUCGUUGCAAUGAGGGUCUUCGAGAUGCAGCAAAGGUACGCCGAUGGUCAAGUUAGCGACUAUGCUCAGGCAUUGUGCAUCACGAGCGAGGAGUUGAACAAGCUAACGGGUUCCUUUCCCUUCACAUAGCAGGCUUAGCCAGAGGACAACGCGCCGACGGUAAAGGGAGGUAGAUGAAUUUUUUUCCUAAGUCCAAGGACACUCCUCGUCUGAAUCUCAUCCGCCA